CUCUAUCUUUAGCUCUCUCUCGCUAUACUAUGAAUGAAGUUUUUUACUGUUACAUGGAACUUCAGCCUAAUUCUUAUCAUUGGGCUUGUAUAUUUUUCGCUUAUUUCAAAUUGCUGUAAUAGCAUAUUUUUGUUGGGUACAGGAGCUUAGUGUAAAAAAUGGCGUUUAAUUAUACGAGAUUAUUAUGUCGAAAUAAUUUAGAGAUCAGUCAUAUCAGAGGAUUGUUCAAAUCUAGUUCAUUAAAUAUUUCUUCAACUGUAUCUAAGUCAGCGGCUGCUACAGCAUGUGAAACUUAUUCUGAAAAAAAUCAUCGUUUGAAACGACCAUUGUCACCCCAUUUAACUAUUUACAAACCUCAAUUGACUUCUAUGCUUUCGCUCUCUCAUCGAGCUUCUGGAUUGAUGUUAGCUUAUUAUGCAACAGCGUCUGGACUAACGGAACUUUUCCAUCCUGGUGGCAUGAGUUGUCUAAUUGACUCAGUGAAUGCUAUAGGUUUACCAUCCCCAAUACUGUUCCUUGGAAAAUUUGCUCUUGCAUUACCAGCUACGUACCAUUAUUUUAAUGGAAUACGCCACUUGAACUGGGAUUUAGGAUUAUUUUUGACAAUCAAGCACGUUUAUGGUACUGGAUGGGCAGUUGUUGGUAUUUCCAUUGCUUCAGCGUUCCUGUUAGCUGCAAUAUUUUAAUUUUAUUAAUAAUUAAAUAAAAAAUAUUCGUAAAACUAAUUAAAAAUUGUUGAGUAAUUAAUAAUUAAUUUAAAAUGAUUAUGUAUAUAAUAAUCUGAAUAUAGAAGUUACCAAGUUAUAUUUAUUUUAAAUUAAA